UGUGAAGUAUUUUGCUCAGCUCUGGGAGGGCAGUCCGCCCAUGGCUCCACCAAACCCAAACUACUGUGAGAACAUUCAAGACCUGAAGAAAACUAUAAUAACUCAUGCAUCAAAAUCACAUGGAAUGAUGAUGAAAGAAUUCAAAGUUCGUAUUAAUGAUCUCUGGGAAGCUUUACUGAAUGAACGAUUCGUCUUCAGCUUCAGAAAUUCUCUGGAGAUUUCAGCUUACAGGAAACUGGAGACUGAAUACAGCAGGUGGUCCUGGAGGCUUCGCCGUGCCAUGCUGGAAACUGAGAACAAACUGCACAACCAAAUAGAAAAUGAAGCAAUUCAUGAGGUUGAGGAAACUGAUCUUCACAAAGAGUUGAAGAAGACAAGUGAAGAAGUGAAAAAAUCAGUGUCAGAAUUCUUUGAGAAAGACGCAGAUGCAAAUAUACUGAUUCAGUGGAAAACAUCAUUUGACAUUAAAAUCAAAGAGCUACAGGAAAGCAUUGUAAGAGAAACAAAGAGGAAAUUAAAUGAGAUUCUUAAGCAGCGAGACCUGAAGAAAGAGAUUGAUGCUCAGAGGACACAUCAUGAAAACACUCUCUUUGAAAAGAGCAAAGAACUCGCCUUAAAACGCAAAGACAAAGCAAAUGAUGAAGAAACACUAAAGAAAGAGUUUGGUUUGUUUUGGAACCAGUGGAUGAAGACAAUCAGCAGAGACACUCAAACAACAAGAGACAUUGACAUAAUGAGAGAUAUGAGAGAGAUCCUCGGUGACAUCUAUGAAAGUAUUAAUGCAGACCACCGGAAGGACAGCAGGGAUAUUAUAUCUGUGCAGAGUUAUUCAGAUUAUGUACAGUUAAAGAAAUCAAGCGAAUUUUUCACAAAUGCCUGCAGAGUAGUUAAAAAUCUGCUGGGUCGCAAUCUCUCUGAGGAGGAUGAAGCCCAAAUAAGAUCAUUAGUCAAUGAUGUUGUUCAGCAGACAGACAAAAUGAUUCAGUCUUUUAACAUCUCAAAGAUGGGCUACAACAUCAGCUACAUUCAACAACUCAUAGAUUACAUCAAAGCAAGAGUAAUAGAACAUGAGGAAGGACCAGUUAAAUAUGUGUUCAAGAAUGAAUUCUUCAUGGACUUGGUUCUUUCCAUCUGUAAGAGAGCAAAUAAGAUGAUCACUGAGCAACACAGAAUGUUCAAAGAGGCCAAUGAUCCUGAAAUAUAUGUUAAGAAGAAGAGAGAAGAGUAUUAUAGUAUUUUCCAGAAAUACUGUCAUGGAGCAACAUCAGCUGCCAUUUUUGGUGAGAUCAUCUGUCAGAAACUCAAAGAACCCAUUGAACAGAGUGUCUACAAGAAGACUGCCAGAGAGUUAGCAAAUGAUAUGAGAACAGACUGUCCAUCACUGAAUGGAAACAGGUCAAAUCUUGAGAAACACAUCCUGAAGAAACUGGCAGAAGAGGAGAAUUUUAACAAGUACAUGAACUAUGUUCAUAACACAAGAGAUCACUUCAGUGGUUUCAUAAGAGAUGAAGUCAGUCGGUACAUCACUGAUACGUUCAAUGUCCGUGUUUUACCAAAGAUGAAGAAGAACAUUAAACUCCUGCAGCAAAAGAUCAUGGAAGCAGCACAUGAAUCUACUGAACAUGUUCGAGUGAACAGAGGAGAUGAAUCUACUGAACAUGUUCGAGUGAACAGAGGAGAUGCUGGUUUGUGGUUGAAGAGUUUCACACAGCAGCUCUCAAAAGAGCUGAUCUUCUCUGAAAAGGACCUCAGUGGAGUCAAACACGAUGAUGUUGAUGAUUUCAAACUCCUAGAAGAUGUGAUAAAGAGAGAACUUCCUUCUAUAAUGUCAAACAUCAGCAGUAGAUUCGACACAAAUACUUUUCCAGUAAAGCUGGACUAUAAAGACAGACCAGAUCAGCUUCUGAUUGAUGACUUAUGUCAGUGCUGUUGGGAUCAGUGUCCAUUCUGUGGAGCCAUCUGCACCAACACCAUAGAAAACCAUGAUGAAGAUCACAGUGCUGUUUUCCAUGGAGUGAAAGGAGUAAAUGGGACCGCGUUCAAGGAUACAACAAACUUCUGUGUUUGGAUCUGCACAACAUCAGUGUCAAGCAGUGAUCGAUCUUUUUAUCUCCGUGCCGAUGAUAAAACAUUCCUAUACAGGGAAUACAGAAAAGCAGGAGGAGUUUUUGCUAAGUGGAGCAUCACCCCUGAUCUCUCCGAACUGCCCUACUGGAAGUGGGUUGUGUGCAGAUUCCAGAGAGAUCUUGAAAAAUACUACAAAAAUACAUUUGAUGGUUAUGGUAAGAUCCCAGAUGAAUGGAGAAAACACUUAAAAAAGGAUGCUACGGAGAGUUUGAAUAAAUACAUCUAAUUUAACAAGUAAAGUGAUUUUGUUUAGGUCUAAGAUAUACAGAACAGAGAUUGAAAUGAUUUUGUUCCUGACUUGACUUAAGUGAGUUUGAAAUCAUCUAAACUUCAGCUAACAGAAUACAUUAGAGGAGUGGUUUAGACUGUCUCCAUUGUCUUGCCCAUUUUAAACACAAAAGCAUUGAAAUAUAAUUCCAUCUUUCCAUCACCAUUUUCCUUUAGGGGCUCCAUACCUUUAGGGCUUACAUUGCAAGUUUAAUAGCAAAAAUAAAUACAUUUAUAUAUACAAAUAUUAUAAUGAGCAUUUAACUAUCAUACUCAUGUUGCACAUGCCAUGUUCUGACUGUAAGAGGCAAAUUUCUUGCUUUGUAGGAUGUCAGAACUCAGUUGCAGAAUUAAUCUUUAUAUGAAUGCAUGAGCUAUAUAAAAGUGCAAUGUAUCUCCAUGCAAUUUUUUUUAAAGACGUCUCCCUGAAUAAACAAGUAUACUAUCCGAUUAGUGUUUUAGUUAGUAAUUGUAAUCUGAUUACAGGAAUAUAGUAAGGCAUUUGUUACUGAAAUUAAAUAAAUGAUGUGUUUCUCCUAACCCUGCAUGUAACACAUAGUUGAUAUGGAAAAAAAAA